GGCAGACUCGGAUUCCCUCGGGUGGCCGGGCGUGAACGUUCUCCAAGUGACUCCAUCCGCCAGCCUCCAAGCUAGAAAUUUGUGUCCACGUCCGUCUCACAGCCCAUUCCGCCGCCAUCUCCUGAGCAGGAACCGUCGCACACCCAGCCCUUCCUGCCCGCCGUCGUCUACUGAGCUCACCUCUCGUUCUAUGGCCAUCGCGGACUCUCAUACCCAACCAUCUGAAUUUCUGGAUCACCCCCUAUCCGUGUCCGACGAUGACACCCAAAAUGGUUUCCACACCGUAGAGCGCGACCCCGCCUCCUUCGACGGCGCUUUGCCCGCCAGCCAGGGUCUGUAUGAAAAUCAGUACGAGAAGGAUGCCUGCGGUGUCGGCUUCAUCUGUCAAAUCAAGGGCGAGCAGAGCCACAAGAUCGUCUCCGACGCUAGACAGCUUCUCUGCGCCAUGACCCAUCGUGGGGCGACGGGCGCAGACAGCCGUGACGGCGACGGUGCCGGUGUCAUGACUGGUAUCCCCCACCUCUUCUUCAGGCGCGAGGUCGAGCGCGACAUCGGCGCAGAGCUGCCCGAUGCGGGGCAGUAUGCUGUCGGAAACGUCUUUUUCAGGGCGAACGACCCUGUCGGUCUGCAGAAGCAGCAGGCUGUAUUCUCUAAGAUUGCAGGGGAUCUGGGCUUGCGCGUUUUGGGAUGGAGGGAGGUGCCUACGGACGGGACGAUCCUGGGUCCCGCUGCUGCUAGUAAGGAGCCUGCCAUCUUGCAGCCUUUCGUAGUCCUCCGCUCCCACUACGGGGAUGGCAAUGUCCCCCGCGGCGGCGCAUUCGAUGCUACGCACUUCGAACGCCAGCUCUACGUUCUCCGUAAGCACGCUACCCACAGCAUCACCCUUUCCAAGGGCUUUUACGUCUGCUCGCUUUCGAGCAAGAACAUCGUCUACAAAGGCCAGCUCUCCCCGCCCCAAGUCUACAACUACUACCACGAUUUGAACCAUGUUCUCUACUGCUCUCACUUCGCACUCGUGCACUCUCGUUUCUCUACGAACACGUUCCCCAGCUGGGACCGUGCGCAGCCCAUGAGAUGGGCUGCCCACAACGGUGAAAUUAACACCAUUCGUGGCAACAAGAACUGGAUGCGCGCACGCGAGGGUGUACUAUCUUCUUCCCACUUCGGCGAGCAGCUCGAUCUACUGUACCCGAUCAUCGAGUCUGGUGGAUCUGACUCCGCGGCGUUUGAUAACGUGCUCGAGCUGUUGGUUGUCAACGGCGUCUUGACGCUCCCCGAGUCCGUGAUGAUGCUGAUCCCCGAGGCGUGGCAGGGGAACGACAUGAUGGAGCCGGAGAAGAAGGCGUUCUACAACUGGGCAGCGUGCCUGCAGGAGCCGUGGGACGGUCCCGCGCUCUUCGCGUUCAGCGACGGCCGCUACUGCGGUGCCAAUCUUGACCGGAACGGCCUGCGGCCUUGCCGGUAUGUCGUGACGAACGAGGAUAUCAUUGUCUGUGCGUCCGAGGUCGGCGCCGUCUUCAUCCCGCCCGAGAAGGUUGUCUCGAAGGGGCGCCUGAAGCCCGGCCGCAUGCUCCUGGUCGACACGGAGGAGGGCCGUAUCGUCGACGACAAGGAGUUGAAGCGUAACACCGCUUCGAAGCAGAACUUCGCGUCGUGGAUCGAGACCCAUGUCCUGCAGGUCCCGAAUAUCGUCAAGCGCGUCAAGCGCUCGCAGUCUGUCGAGCCCGUCAUCGAUGAGUACUCGCUCAGCACGGACCCGAAGCUUCUCGCGUUCGGGUACACCGUCGAGCAGCUGAACAUGCUCCUCAUGCCUAUGGUCACCGACGGCAAGGAGGCACUCGGCUCCAUGGGUAACGACGCGCCCCUCGCGUGCAUGUCGACGCAGUGCCGCCUCAUCUACGAGUACUUCCGCCAGCUCUUCGCGCAGGUGACGAACCCUCCCAUCGACCCGAUCCGUGAGAGCAUUGUCAUGUCCCUCGAGGCGUACAUCGGGCCUGAGGGCAACCUCCUCGAGAUGAACCCACAGCAGUGCCACCGUAUCCUCCUCCGCUCGCCCAUCCUCACCAUGGAGGAGAUGAGCGCGAUGAAGCACCUCAAGUCCGCGUACUCGACUUGGCCGUCGCGCGUUAUCGACAUCACAUUCCCGAAGGAGCAAGGCCUGCCCGGAUACCGGGUUGCGCUCGAGCGCGUCUGCAGCGAGGCGACCGAGGCGAUCGAGGAGGGCAUGAAGGUCAUCAUCCUCUCGGACCGCGCGACUGGUCCGGACCGUGUCCCCCUCUCUGCGCUGAUCGCCUGCGGUGGUGUCCACCAGCACUUGGUCGCGCAGAAGAAGAGGGCCAAGGUCGCCCUGCUCGUCGAGACCGGUGAGGCGCGUGAGGUGCACCACCUUUGCGUUCUCCUGGGCUACGGUGCGGAUGGUAUCUGCCCUUGGUUGGCCAUGGAGUGUAUCCACAAGGUAGUCCGCGAGGGCUUGGUCAAGGACAACAAGACCUUCGAGGAGCUUCGGGAGAACUUCCGCCACUCAGUCGACAGCGGCAUCCUUAAGGUUAUGUCCAAGAUGGGUAUCUCCACCCUGCAGUCGUACAAGGGCGCGCAGAUCUUCGAGGCACUCGGCCUCCACACCGAAGUCAUCGAGGCGUGCUUCACGGGUACCGCGAGCCGUGUCCAAGGUGCUACGUUCGACCUCCUCGCGAUGGACGCGUUUGAGAUGCACGAGCGUGGCUGGCCGACCCGCGACACCGUCCUCCCUCCGGGCAUGCCCGAGUCUGGCGACUAUCACUGGCGUUCUGGCGGCGAGGCCCACAUCAACGAUCCCUCUGGCAUCGCGAACCUCCAAGACGCGGUGCGCGAGAAGAACCAGCGCGCGUACGACGCGUACGCUACCAAUGCGAACGAGCAAACCAGCCACGUACAUCUCCGAGGCUUACUCGAGUUCCGUUACGAGAACGCCACGCCGAUCCCCAUCGAACAGGUUGAGCCGUGGAACGAGAUCGUGCGCCGUUUCGUCACCGGCGCUAUGUCGUACGGUUCAAUUUCGAUGGAGGCGCACUCAACCCUCGCGAUCGCCAUGAACCGCCUCGGCGGCAAGUCGAACACUGGCGAGGGAGGAGAGGACGCGGAGCGCUCGCAGGUCCUGGCCAACGGCGACACGAUGAGGUCGGCGAUCAAGCAAGUCGCGUCCGGUCGCUUCGGCGUCACCUCCAACUACCUCGCCGAUGCCAACGAGCUGCAGAUCAAGAUGGCCCAGGGCGCGAAGCCCGGAGAGGGUGGUGAGCUGCCCGGCCACAAGGUCUCGACUUCCAUCGCUCGCACUCGUCACUCGACCGCUGGUGUGGGUCUUAUCUCGCCCCCGCCUCACCACGACAUCUACUCUAUCGAGGAUCUUAAGCAACUCAUCUACGACCUCAAAUGCUCGAACCCUCGCGCGCGCGUCUCCGUGAAGCUAGUGUCUGAGGUUGGUGUUGGUAUCGUCGCGAGUGGUGUCGCGAAGGCGAAGGCGGACCACAUCCUCAUCUCCGGUCACGACGGUGGUACCGGUGCUUCGCGCUGGACUGGUAUCAAGUACGCUGGUCUGCCGUGGGAACUCGGUUUGGCUGAGACGCACCAGACUCUCGUGCUGAAUGACCUACGUGGUCGUGUGACCGUGCAGACCGACGGACAACUCAGGACGGGUCGCGACAUCGCCAUCGCCUGUCUCUUGGGUGCCGAGGAGUGGGGCUUUGCUACGACUCCUCUCAUCGCGAUGGGUUGCAUCAUGAUGAGGAAGUGCCACCUGAACACCUGCCCCGUUGGCAUUGCUACCCAGGACCCCCAGCUGCGUGCGAAGUUCGCUGGCCAGCCCGAGCAAGUCAUCAACUUCUUCUACUAUAUCGCCGAGGAGCUCCGUGGCUUCAUGGCGAAGCUUGGGUUCCGUACCAUCAACGAGAUGGUAGGUCGCGCCGAUAUGCUCAAGGUUAACGAGGAGCGUCGCACGCCGAAGACUGCGCACCUCGACCUCUCUGCGAUCUUGAAGCCCGCGUGGCAGAUGCGCCGUGGUGCCGCCACGUACCGUGUCCGCCCCCAGGAUCACAAGCUCUACAUUCGCCUCGACAACAAGUUCAUCGACGAGUCGGAGCCUGCGCUUACCAAGGGCCUGCCUGUCCAUAUCGAAUGCGACGUCACGAACACCGACCGCGCUCUCGGUACCUCGCUCUCCUACCGUGUCUCCAAGCUGUACGGCGAGGAGGGCUUGCCCAGGGACACUAUCCACAUCAACAUGAGCGGUUCCGCCGGGCAGUCUCUGGGCGCGUUCCUCGCUCCUGGUAUCACGAUCGAGCUGGAGGGUGAUGCGAACGACUACGUCGGUAAGGGUCUGUCCGGUGGUCGCCUGAUCCUGUACCCUCCGAAGCAGUCCACGUUCAAGGCCGAGGAGAACAUCAUUGUCGGCAACGUCUGCUUGUACGGCGCGACGUCUGGAGAGGCGUUCAUUCGUGGAGUCGCCGCGGAGCGUUUCGCAGUCAGAAACUCCGGUGCGAACGCGGUCGUGGAGGGCACCGGUGAGCACGGUUGUGAGUACAUGACUGGUGGCCGUGUCGUCGUUCUCGGAAGCACAGGAAGGAACUUCGCCGCCGGCAUGAGCGGGGGAAUCGCCUACGUUCUAGACACUGCGCACACAUUCGCCUCUAAGGUUAACAUGGAGAUGGUGGAACUUGGAAAGGUUACCGAUCCCCGUGAGAUCGCGCAGCUGCGUGGCUUGAUCGAGGACCAUCGCCAUUACACCGGAUCUGAGGUCGCAGAUCGCGUCCUCCACGACUUCCACCAUCUGCUUCCGCUUUUCGUCCGCGUCAUGCCUAUGGAUUACAAGCGUGUACUUGAGGAGCAGGCUGUCAAGGCGAAGGAGGAGAAGAUGCGGCAGAGCGUGGUCGACCUUAUCCCGUCGCGGACCGCGAGCCAGGUUGAUCUGGCUUCGGAAGGCCUCGAGGACAUCCUUACGCCGAAGGAGCGUCCCCUCAUCAUUCCCACGCGCUCGUCUUCGAAGAGUCGUCACGAGCCUGCCAUGCUCGAUAUGGAGGACUCGUUGGUGGACGACAACACGACGAAGCAGCGCCUGAACAAGCUUGACAAGACCCGUGGUUUCAUGAAGUACAAGCGACUGACGGAGACGUAUCGUCCCCCACGCAAGCGGGUCAAGGACUGGAGGGAGAUCUCCACACGCCUGACGGAGGAAGAACUGAAGUACCAGUCCGCGCGUUGCAUGGACUGCGGCGUUCCGUUCUGCCAGUCCGAUACCGGCUGCCCGAUCUCCAACAUCAUCCCCAAGUGGAAUGACCUCGUCUUCAAGAAUCAAUGGCAGGAUGCCCUCAACCGCCUUCUGAUGACGAACAAUUUCCCCGAGUUCACGGGUCGUGUGUGCCCUGCGCCUUGCGAGGGUGCGUGCGUGUUGGGUAUAAACGAACAGCCGGUGGGUAUCAAGAGCAUUGAAUGUGCCAUCAUUGACAAGGGCUUCGAAAUGGGAUGGAUGCAACCAAGAAUCCCUCAGUUCCGCACGGGUCGCAAGAUUGCUAUCAUCGGGGCUGGACCAGCAGGUUUGGCUUGCGCCGACCAAUUGAACAAGGCGGGACACACCGUCACAGUGUACGACCGUAAUGACCGCAUGGGUGGUCUCCUCAUGUACGGCAUUCCGAACAUGAAGCUCGACAAGUCGGUCGUGCAGCGCCGCCUGGAUCUCAUGGCCGCCGAGGGCGUGACAUUCGUUCCCAACGCGCACGUUGGAAAGGACAUCGAUAUCAAUGACCUUCGCGCCGAGAACGAUGUUGUCAUCAUGUGCACUGGCGCGACGUGGCCCCGCGACUUGAAGAUCCCUCAUCGUGAAGCCGACGGCAUUCACUUCGCUAUGGAGUUCCUCCAGAUGAACACGAAGUCCCUUCUCGAUUCUGAGCUGCAGAACGGCAACUACAUCAAUGCGAAGGGCAAGGAUGUCAUCGUCAUCGGUGGCGGUGAUACCGGAAACGAUUGCAUUGGUACCGCGAUGCGUCAUGGAGCCAAAUCGGUGACGAACUUUGAGCUACUCCCGAAGCCACCCGCUGCACGGGGACGAGACAACCCGUGGCCUCAAUGGCCGAGGAUCUUCCGUACCGACUAUGGACACACUGAAGUUGCGGCCCACUUUGGCAAUGAUCCCCGUGAAUACUGCAUCUCUACGAAGGACUUCGUCGUGGAUGACGAUGGCAAGCUCAAGGGCCUCAACACUGUCCGCGUCGAGUGGACGAAGGACAGCGGAGGACGCUGGAAGAUGGAGGAGGUCCCCGGCUCCGAGAAGUUCUUCCCGGCUCAGCUUGUCUUCCUCGCCCUUGGUUUCCUCGGUCCUGAGGCUGAUGCCAUCAAGGCUCUUGGCGUCAAGCAGGAUGCACGGUCGAACAUCCAGACGCCGGCGAAGAGCUACCACACUAGCGUCGACGGCGUGUUUGCUGCUGGUGACUGCCGUCGUGGCCAGUCCUUGAUCGUCUGGGGUAUCAACGAGGGGCGCAUGUGCGCUGCUGAGGUCGACAGGUGGCUCAGCGGUGGCAAGACCAGGCUGCCCGACGACGGAGGAAUCAAGAAGCGGGUCUUCAUUGCUCCCUCGAGCACACUCUCCAGCGGAACACAGGUGGUGCAAGUCGAGGCUUGAACGAAUGCAAGGGUCACUCUGGUUGUCGUGUAUUUGAUGAUUGCUACGCAUCUCAUGAACGGUUACGCUUGUAUACUUCGCUUCACAGUUACGUCUACGCUACGUUGUAUGAGUAGUACAUUACGAUAUAACAACAUUGUAUCGAAUACCAGUCAU